AUGGGUAGGGGGAGAGGCAGAGGGAGGAAGCAGCUCACCAACGGCAGGAGCAGGACACACGAGGACAAGGGGAGCAGCGGCGAGGAGGUCGUCGUGCCUGCAAGGAAGAGGAGGGGACGGCCGCAGAAGCGUGUCGCUGCUGAGAAGAUCAUUGAAGCAGAGAUGAAGAAACUGGAGGCGGCCGCCGACGAUGGCGACGUGGACUACGUGGUGGGAGCAGGGGAUGGUGCCAAGCUGAAGGGUUCAAGAACAGAGCAUGCUUCCGCAGGAGCUGGUGGCAACAAGAGGAACAGGUUGCCCAAGGAAGAAGAGGAAUCAAAUCUUGACGUCGAGGAGAACAGCUCCAGCACUCGGUCCAGCAAUGAUGAGUCGAUCAGGUCCAAUGGCUUCCGGCAGUCAGGAAGCCGCCGGAAGAGCACCCCACGGCGAGCGGCGGAGGCAGGGCUAUAG